CAUUGUCCAUGACGUUGGGUUUUUAGGUCAUAGUAAAAGUGUAUGGUCAGCGAUUGGUCAGUACGUAUAUUUCCUUGUCACUGAAAUUGUGUAUAUAAAGAGAUCUGCUGCUGAUGGCUAACAGAACAUAGACGAGACAUAAGUAAAAGAUGAGACAAAGUAUAUUUUUCCUUGCUGUUUUGCCAUGUGUGUUUGGAAUAUUUGGAAAGAAAUGUAUUGUUGAUCCAAUAGAAAACAGAUGGCCGGACAUGGGAAAGAUAUGUCAUGAUCCGUUAGAAUAUAAUCAUUUGGCCAUAGAACAGGCUAUAUUAGACGACCAAGAAAUCAAAAUGUAUUUAGAAGAUGCCAGUAAAAUAUACCAACCCGCUGUUCCUUAUGAUGAUCCACAUAUUUGCCCACUUGACAUUGGAAAUCCCAGUGGACCACAGAUUGUAGAAUGUGGAAGUAUAUGUCCCAGCUCUUACACUAACCUAACAUCAGUUUGGUAUGAGUACGAACCAGGAAGGACAACCAUGUGUAACGUUAUCAGACCAUGGCAGCAAAUUGUUUAUUAUAUGCAAUGCGGAACCAAAUAUCCACUGGUUGAUGGUAUGGAUAACUCAUUCCAAUGUGUUCCCGAAGACACCAUUAGACGUAAAAUAGCUGUAUAUUGUCCAAAUAUUGUACCACAAUGUAGAAAAAUGGAUAUUGACCUACCACAACACUGUGCUGCUAGCAAAUUCCAAUGUAGACAGAAAAAGAUAUCACAAAAAUCUAAAUUAGACAAUCUGUUUUCUUCUUUUGGUUGGUAAAAGUUAUGGCGAGUAUGUCACCACUCAACUAGACACGCCUAUGUGACAAUAAGUUAAAUGUGAUUUUUGAAUAGAUGCUUUUAUUUUUGAGUAUUAUUUUUUACGUAUUUUAUUUAUUAAUUUUGCAAAAUAAAGUUGUUUAACAAUA